AUGUUUGACAUUGAAUACUAUUUAGCUUGUUUGUCUGCUUUCAUUCUGAGGAACUUGCGGGAGCAGACAGCAAGGAGGUCGAAAAAAGGGUUGUAUGUAUCAGCUUGCAUUACAGUUGGUAUUCUUGUUAUCGUUAUCAUCGUAGUGAUAUGCUUACUAUGCUUCCCAAGUACUCCGCGGACAUCAGAAAAAGGUGAAAUAGCGGAUACGACAACAACACAAAAAGGCGAAGGAACGAAAGCGAUAGAGAAGAAAAAUGUUUAUGUCCUUCCACAAGAAUACCGUCUUCCAAAAACUCUUGUGCCUUCGUCAUAUGAGCUCGUUCUCACAGUAUAUUUGCCGUUCUACGUGGAUAUUCCGAUAAGGAAAAAUCUGACAAUUGAUGCAGAAGUGACAAUCAAUAUGACCGUACGCAAACCAACCAAUACCAUAGUCCUCAACCAAGCAAGAAUUUCCAUAAUAAAAGAAAAAUGCAGUGCAACUUCAAAUGGCAAAGCUGUCGAUAUAGAAGAGGUUGAUUUUGAUCACGCUCACGGAAAGGUUAGCUUUCAUCUGCGAGAUAGUCUACCGGUGGGACGGGAAGUCAUGCUAAAGAUCCCGUACUCUGCGCCAAUCAACAAAGGAACCAAUGGACUUUACCAAAAUCUCUACCAGGACCGCAACAAAAAAACAAAGAUAGCAGCUGUAACACAAAUGGAGCCGACAAGUGCUCGAAAGAUGGUUCCUUGUUUUGAUGAGCCAGAGUAUAAGGCAAUUUGGAAAGUAAAGAUAAUACAUCCUAAAGGAACCACAGCGAUCUCAAAUGCGAGGAUAUUAGAUGUAAAAACUAAACAAAGCGGAAAAUGGACAAUAUCUACGUUUGAGCCGACUCCUAUUAUGUCGUCGUAUCUUCUCGCUCUUUUAGUGUCUGAAUUUACAUAUAACGAGAUGCAAACAAACAGAGGAGUAAAAUUCCGUUUGUGGUCAGCUCCUGGUAGAGAAUCGCGAAGAGAGUACGGACUCAAAGUAGCUACUACUGUCAUGGAGUUCUUAGAAAAGUACUUUGGAGUGAAUGAUGUCAUGUCAAAGCAAGAUCUAGUCGCAUUGGAAAACUUUGACGCAGGCGCAAUGGAAAAUUGGGGAUUGAUUACUUUCAGAAAAUCCCACUUGCUAGAGCCAUGGCAAAGGUCCCAUCAGGAUUUACCGCCAGAAUACAAUGUAUCGCAACGGGACUUCAUAAUAAUGCUGAAUCGAAGGCGAAGAAAAAUCGAGACUACUGUCGCACAUGAACUUGCACACCAGUGGUUUGGCAAUUUGGUGACGUUGAGCUGGUGGGAAGAACUUUGGCUUAAUGAAGGCUUCGCUGCAUACUUUCAAAACCUUCAAGUGCUUAGUCCUAUCGAUAAAGGAAUGUCGAUUAACAAGGAUGAACUUGUUAUGGGAACUGAAAAUGCCUUGGUCGUGGACGCUAGAGUUACUGGUCGACCUAUGUCAUCCAUAAUACACAAGUUCCACGAGAUCCUCUCUUCUUUUGACGUAAUCAGCUACAAAAGGGGCGCUGCAAUUAUCGAAAUGCUCCGUACAGUGAUAGGAGAGAAGAAUUUUAGAAAGGGACUAACGCUUGUAAUUUAUGUCAGUUUUGAACGCCCUUUACAGAGCAACAUCAGAACGAGACUAGAGUUACAAAGCUUUAAUCAUUAUCUCAACAAAUUUUCCUUCAAAUGCACCAAAAGUGAAGACCUUUGGCAAGCGUUGUCUGAUGUAUGUGAAGGAGUCAAAGGACCAAGCGGAUUAUCUCUGGAUAUAAAGAAUUUUGGGACUCAAUGGACGAAAAUGAUGGGAUAUCCUUUGGUUACUGCAAGAUUUUCAAGCGAUACGUUGGAGGUAACACAGCAGCGAUACACGCUCAAUACUUCUAUUCAAGAACAUGAAAAAUAUCGUUCUCCUCGUCCGAGUUACAAAUGGGAUGUACCUAUAUGGCUCAAAACUAAAAAAGGCGACACUAUAUUGGAAUGGCUGAAAGCAAAUGAACCACUUCACAUAAAUUUGGAGUCUUUGCAAAUGCCAGUGAUAAUAAAUGCUCAUCGUAAUGGCUACUAUAGACAGAAUUAUGACAGUGUUGGAUGGGAGAAUAUAGCUGCGCAGUUUACACGAAAUCCGGUGUUUGAUCCUUAUACGAGAUACGUGCUUUUGAGCGAUGCAUUUUCUGCAGCUGUUAUCGGUCAGCUGGACUACAAAUUUGUGUUCAAGCUCAUUCGAUAUGCUUACUCAUCCAAAAGCGGUGAAAAGCAAUGGCUACCAUGGAAAGCAAUUGUAGAUGAGAUGACCAAAAUAUAUGCAAUGUAUCAAAGGACAGACGAAAACGCUUCCUAUGUCUUGUCAUACAUAGAGAGAGUGUUGCAACCAAUUUCUCUUGAAAUUCGUAAGAAAUUCUUUGCUGAAGAGACAGAAUUUGCUAAACAUAUAAGAAAGCAAAACGAAUCUUCGAAGGAACGCAUCACUGGAAUAUUGGAUUGGAAAUCAGUGAGAUGGGAAUCCAAUACUGCUUUAAACGUUGCGGUCUCUGUUCUUGAUCUGUACUGCAGACUUGGAUCAGCAUGCUCCUCGCUGUCUCGCUCACUUUUCGAACGCGAGGUUCUCCAUCGUUGUGAUGCCACUGCGAAAGCAAGUGAAUGUGUUGGGAUUCAGAGCAGUUUCAGAAAAGUUGCUUACUGUCAAGGAAUCAAAGAACUGGGAAAUAUCGCAUUUCAGAAAGUGAGCAAUUUCUUAAUAAUUGAAGACGAUGCAGACGAAAGAAGACGCCUCUGCACAGGCCUUGGCUGUAUACAAAACGUACACCUUUUGAAAAGGAAACUUCUAGAAGUACUAGACAACAAAAGUGCAUACGAUGACAGGGAGGUAGCACAUGUAUUUCAAAGUGUUGCAAAAAAUUCACUAUCAGAUGAAUUGUUGCUUCGGUUUUGCAUUUCAAAUUGGAAAGCAAUUCAUGAUAGGUUUGCGGAGAAUUACAAUGAUUUAUCUGAUGUUAUCAGAAGUUGCAUAUCCAAAGCGCGUUCUCGUGAAGAAAUUCUGAUGAUAGAAUCGGCUCAUAAGAGCUGUUGCAGUGGUAGAAAUGACAACGCCAAUCAAGCCGGACUGGAGCUUGCUGAGUUCAGGAUCAAGUGGAGAGAAAAAUAUUCGAAGAUAGUUUCCAACUUGGCGCGAGCUGAGCUGGAAAGGCUAGAAAAAAACGAUACUGUGAUAAAACACGAUUAUCUAGAGGUAGAGACGUUUUGA